UGUCUUGCAGACGAUUAUGGAACAAUUUAACCCUUGCCUUAGGAAUUUCAUCGCGAUGGGGAAGAACUACGAGAAGGCCUUGGCAAGUGUGACGUUUGCCGCGAAGGGUUACUUUGACGCUCUGGUGAAGAUGGGAGAGUUGGCCAGUGAAAGCCAAGGAUCCAAGGAGCUGGGGGACGUCCUCUUCCAAAUGGCAGAAGUUCACCGGCAGAUCCAGAACCAGCUGGAGGAAAUGCUGAAAUCCUUCCACAACGAAUUGCUGACACAGCUGGAGCAGAAGGUGGAGCUGGACGCUCGCUACCUGAAUGCUGCGUUAAAGAAAUACCAGCUGGAGCAGAAGAACAAAGGAGACGCCUUAGAGAAGUGUCAGCUGGAGCUGAGGAAACUGCGCAAAAAGAGCCAGGGCAGCAAAAACCCCCAAAAAAUAUUCUGACAAAGAGAUGCAGUACAUCGAAGCGAUCAGCAACAAGCAGAGCGAACUGGAGAACUUCGUGUCGGACGGAUACAAGACGGCGCUGACCGAGGAGAGGAGGCGGUACUGCUUCCUGGUGGAGAAACAAUGCGCCGUCGCCAAAAACUCCAUGACCUAUCACAGCAAGGGCAAAGACCUGACGGCACAGAAGAUCCCCUCCUGGCAACAGGCCUCCUCCGACCCGAGCAAGAUCCCAGACAGGGCCAUCCAGAUCAUGCAGCAGAUGGCUGGUGGACCCAACGGCACCAUCAUGGCGGGUCCACUGUCUGGGCCUAUGACCAAUUCCAAAUCUAGCCUAUCCAUAUCAGACCCAAUCCCUGGUGCCAAGCCACUGCCGGUGCCUCCAGAGCUGGCUCCUUUUGUUGGGAGGAUGUCGGCACAGGAGGGCGCACCCAUUAUGAAUGGGGUCUUGGGGCCACCCCCCAACAGCUACGACCAUUGGGACAUGAAGCCCAAAGUGUCCCCGUCCCAGCCACACAAGCAGAUCAGCGACUCCUAUUCCAACACCCUUCCAGCCCGCAAGAGUGUCCCACCCAAAAACAGCUACACGGUCGCAGAGAACAAGACGCUGCCGCGCUCCAGCUCCAUGGCGGCCGGCCUAGAGAAGAACAGCAGGACGCGGGUGCAAGCCAUCUUCUCCCACUCCGCCGGAGACAACACCACCCUGCUCAGCUUCAGCAAUGGCGACUACAUCACCCUGCUGGUCCCCGAGGCCAGGGAUGGCUGGCACUACGGAGAGAGCGAGAAGACCAAGAUGAGGGGAUGGUUCCCGUUCUCGUACACGCGGGUGGUGGAUGGACGGGACGCCGGUAACCGCACUCAGACCUUACAGCCUGGAAAAAGCAGCAGCACCGCAAACCUUCUGGAC